UUAUAACAAUAUCAUAAUUAGCUCAACAAUAUAAAACCGAUUUUAAUAUCGAUAGUUCGAUAGUUAAUAAUUGAAGUCGUAGUGUUUAUCACGUGAUUUGAUUUGUAGCAAACUUUACUUAUUUCCGAGGAAAGAAUGAAUCAAAAAUCGAAUAAUAUAAAAAAGAUAAUGAAUAGAGGCAAAAAGUGAAAUCAUCAGAAAAUUAGACGUGAUAAAAAAUAUAUUAAUAAGAUAUUACGUAAUAAAAGUAUUAUAAUUAUUUAUAUAUAUAAUUUACAAUACGUUUACUGUUUUAUUGAAUAAGUGAUAUAAUAAGUGAUAUAAAUGUAUAAAGUUACAUAUUGCAUAGUUAAUCGAAGAAUCAAUGAUCUGCUUUGAUGUUCAUUUUUUAAUGUGUUUAAUUUCAUUCUCAAUUAUAUGUAAUGCAUCUUGUAUCGAGUUAUUGUAGGAAUGUAUUUAGUGUGAGAUGCAUGUAUGGAUGGAAUAGAUAUAUAUAUUCUAUUAUAUGUAUAUGUUCUAUUGAUGAUGCCAUAAUAAAAUUAUGUAUUAAUCACGCAUGUAAAAUGACUAAUACAAGAAAACAAAAAAUAAUGAAUUAAAAAAGGAAGAAAAUAUAUGAAUGCAAGGAAAGAUAUUAAAAUUUUGAAAUGAAUGUAAAAUGCGAGUAUGAGUUAAUCUUUAGUGAGCAAGCCUAGUAAAUAAAUCUGUGAGGAAAUAAAACGAUUUUGGUAAUCAAAUUUUCUGAAUUUUUCAUGAAGAAUUUAAAUAAAAGUAAAUAUAUUAUUUUUUUAUCUACAGAACAGUGCAAAUUAGAAGGAUGACAACUGAAGUCAUAGAAUCACAACCAUUUAAGAAUUUACAAGAAUUGUAUGAUAAUGUGGAUAAUCUGAAACAAUGGCCUGAUAUUAAGAAACUAAGAGAAUCAACAGAUUAUGUGUACAAUGGUUCAGAAAUAAAUAUACAAAAGAUGUACUUAAAAAAAUUUGAUAGACAAGAACAACCAAGAACAUUACUUUGUCAUGAUAUGAAAGGUGGUUAUCUACAAGAUAGAUUUAUAGAUGGAUCAAAGUCUUAUGAGUCUUAUUUAUUUUAUCAUUGGAGUGUUAUUGAUACAUUUGUAUAUUUUAGCCAUUAUUUUAUUACUAUUCCACCUUAUGGAUGGAUUAACGCAGCACAUGAUCAUGGAGUUAAAAUUCUUGGUACUGUAAUAACUGAAAAAGAAGGUAUAUGGGAUCUUAUACUUAUAUCUCAGGAGGAUGUGAGAAAAUUUGCAGAUGCAUUAAUAGUUGUUGCAAAAUUUUAUAAAUUUGAUGGCUGGUUAUUAAACAUUGAAAAUGUGAUUAAAAAUGAACAAAUCAAUAAUUUAAUUUAUUUCGUGAAAUACCUAACAGAUAAUAUUCAUGAAGCAAUAAAAGAUUCUGAAAUUAUAUGGUAUGAUAGUGUGACUAAUGAAGGAACAUUAAACUGGCAAAAUGAACUUAAUAAUAAAAAUAUAGACUUUUUUUUAAAUUGCGACGGUAUUUAUUUAAACUACAACUGGAAUAAAUCAAAAUUAGAAAACAGUUAUGCACUUGCAAAAAAUCAUAACAGAAAUGUUCAUGAUAUUUAUGUAGGACUAGAUGUUUGGGGAAGAGGAUGUCCUGGUGGUGGUGGAUUUAAUUCAACAUAUGCUUUACGAAAAAUACGGCAAGAAAAACUUUCGGUCGCAAUUUUUGCUCCUGGUUGGACUCAUGAAUUUUUCGGAUCCCAAACAUUUCAAGAAUUAGAAGAUUUAUUUUGGGCACAAUUAUUUCCUUAUUUAUAUGUUCAUGUACUUAUCUAUGAAGAAGAAAUAUUUAAAACAUCAUUUUGCCGUGGAAGUGGUAGUUUGUAUUAUAGCUGUGGUGAGAUACAGUUAGACAUGCGCAUUGUAGAAGGUAAAAAUAUUUGGGAACAAAGAUCAUUUUAUAACUUAUCCAAACAAAUGCCACAAAUAUCUGUACCUAUGCCACAUUUGCAAUUUACAUAUGUUCCACAACUUCCUGAACCAAAAAAUGAAAACGAUCGAAAUGAGUGUUCAAAACAACCGAUACAAUAUAUCUACGAAACAAAGAAAAACGUUAUUCGAAUAUUAGAAAAUGUGAUAAAUAUUCAAGACAAAAUGCCAAUAUUAGACAUAAAUUGCUUCGAAUUUUGUAAUCAAUUUUCUUUCGAAGGUGGUGGUUGUUUAAAAUUAAUUACGAAUGAUCUUAAGUCGUAUCAUAGAUUAUUUCUUGUUCAUAUUGAAUUCCAACAAGACAUUGAAGCAACCAUCAUUUAUGAAGAAAUGAUAUCUUCUAUGACGAACGGAACUCGAAGUGAACCAAUUUUAAUUUUGGGCAAUGACACUGGCUUAAAAUCUAUUAUCCAUUAUAAAUCAGAAAAUUUAAACUCAAGAUGGAAGAAAUGUGUUUAUCUGACGAAUAUGAGGACUGUGAAUGAGAUCGGUAUAUCUUUCGAAAAGAAGAAUAUCUGUUAUCUAGGAGAGAUCAUUCUUGAACAAAAGGGACGACAUCUGAACUGUGGAUUGCGUCACGAUAAAAGUGUAUCGCAAAAGAACGAGGUUCUCGACCGUGUAAAGAACCGUUCUCCGAUUAUCAGAUCGAGUUGCGUACACCAUUUCGCCUUUGAGAACCACUUUAGUGAAAGGAAUACCGACGUUCCAUAGAACGCCUAUUCAAUAUAACUUAUCGCUCGAUAUUUCACAGAUCGAUUUCGCGAUUAUACGAUAAGACCAUUUCACAUUUGAUGUUAUUAGUUUGAGAUCAUAAAACUAAUUCUUUUUUUUUUUUUUUCUAUGAUUUAAAUUUAUGCUCAAUUCUCACCUGCAAUUUCGUACUUAUUCGUACCAUUCGACUUAUCGUCGAUAUUAUUGUCACGAUGCAAAAGUGUCUACAUUCCGCGGCCGAUAAUUUGUUUAAUAGAAGGACGAAAAAUAUCGGAAAACCUUCUUGUAUGGAGAACGAACGGGGCUUUAAGAACGAGGUCACGACACCAUAACUUCUAGUACUUUUUUCAUUCAUUAGUCGCAUUUCAUGCGUUAUGCGUGGAUUAUGUUUGACUUCGAUUCAUUACUUUUGAUUGGCAUGUAAACUCAGAA